AGCUCUCAAUGAAAUUCAAAAUUGAAAACAAUUAUGUUCGGACUAAUAAAUGUCGUAUCUUCGUUAGUGCAUGCUUUAACCACGGACUCUCAAAGCGAAGCAAAUAACGAUUCGCUUGAUGAAGAAACUGAAGAAACAGUUUUGACAGAUGCCAGCGAACUCAACGUAACAGAAAGCCUUCGCGUCGACCUUGUUUCAACUAAUGACAGCAUGGUGGAGUCGUUUGAAGAGGCAAGUGCAAGCAGAAACAACAGUUCGUUUGCACAUUGCCUACGAGUCGAACAUUUGCACAUACAGGAUUCAGAAGAUUGGGAUGCUGAAAUUGAAGCAAGCUCAUCAACUGGAGAUGGUGCAUUCUCAGAUGCUUCUGGUGGUCCUGUUUUCAAGCCUGCCUCAAGUACAACAAAUCAAUUUCAAAGAAACCAAGCCACAUUAGCCACCAAAAUGGUAACACAUGUUGUCGAUGGGAACACUUGGAAAACUGACCAUUCGUUUAGAAGAACUAAUUAUUUUGACAAUGAAGUAUUUCCACAAAUGUGUGGAAAGGUGACCGUGCCUUCUCAAACUUAUCAAAAUCGUAGAUGGCUUUCUGACAUCAAUGGACAUUUUUCUAAUGAUGACAACAAGUCGGAAUUUCACAAAUCAUACGAAAGAGACAAAAAUGAAUUUGCAAUUGAUAAACAUCAAAUUUACUCAGAUGUUGAUGUCGAUUAUUAUUCUGACAUUGAUCCUUAUGCUGAAGAUCUUUUGUAUGAAAACAUGGAUAUUUAUGAUCCUUGGGACACCAAAAUUCCUCCAACACAUUUCGAAGAUACAAUGCAAGAUACAAUGUCGGAAUCUUUGCCUGAAAUACCUUCGGCAAAGAAUGACAAGCAGAUGUUUCCACCAAGUCAAGCGACAAUGAAAAGACAAAUUGUCAGUGAAAUUAUGACAAAUUAUCAGGGUACAGUACCUCAUGAUGUACAUAAUGAGCAUUCUGCUGAUCAUCCUGAUCAAACUUUCAGUUAUGAGACAAUGUUUCAAUGGGAUUUUAUGGAAAAACUAACUAAACUCGACGCAAUAUUUAAUCAAGCAGACAGAUCAACAUUUUUAGCAGUUUUACAAGAGAUUUUAAACAUCUCUGCUCCGUAUUCAUUUCUGCUUUAUGUAGUAGAAAACAGCUAUUCUAAUGUUUCGGAAGGGAAGAAAUCACUUGCACACAUUGCCCUGACACAAUUUGAUAGUUGGCGGGAGUCUGGUUUGUUCAACAACACUUCUCCAACAGAUAUUGAAAAAGAUCGUGCACUUUGGAUUGUGACAACCAGGAAGCUUUAUUUGUUUGAUUUGUGUAACAAGGUCUUUCACCUUGAUGGCAAAGGAAACAAGUAUCUUCAAAGACAUGUGUAUUAUCUCCUACAGACAAAAAAGUGUUAUAAGGAGGCUGUCACAAUCGCUUAUAAGCUCAAUUUACAGCCUUGUUUUCAGCCAAUGGAGAUUUUGUUUCCACUUCUGAUUUUAAACAAAGUCCAACUUGUGGAAAGUUAUAUUGCCGGCUGUCCUUGGCAACAACGAGCAUUUGUGAGCAUGCUCGACAAACUCUGCCAGAUGUCUGAUGAACAACUGGACGAAUUGACAAGCGACAUCAUCCCAUCGAAACCAACUACAAACAAAGUGACUCAGACGUCGUUAAUCAAACUUGGAGAAAGGAUUGUAAAAAAGUUCAGUCUUAAUCCACAAGAUUUCCCAGAAUUGUUUAAAGCAAAGAACAUAAAAGGAUUAAGUUAUCUUCUUCAUCAGCGACAGAAAGACAAAGGAAGUUCCGUCAAGAAAUGGGACGAUUUAAUCGAGCGUUGUGUGGGUAAUAAUUUGUCGUUGCAACGAAGUCUUGUCGAACUGUUGACCGAAUCUGGUGAUGAUGAAGAUGCUAGAAGAUGGGCAAGAUUUUAUCAACUUUCCUCCGACAGAGAAUGUAAUGAAUCACAGAAUUCGGAACCAUACGCGGAGGACUGGGACGAUGAAUUACGAAAUUGUUCGUCUUUUCACACUGUGCCUGAAAGAGACGUGCAGGAAGAAUAUCAUCCCAGAAUGCAAUACCUUUCCCUAGAUAUCCCCACGGAUAGAAUAUUCUUUGUAGAUGACGAAAAAUCAUUGCACAUGUGUCAAGAGAUUUUGUCCAAGCGUCCAUGUUCAAUUGGGUUUGAUGCUGAAUGGAAACCUCAAAUGUGUCAGGCCGGUUUAGCGCAAAGAUUGUCUAUUGUUCAGUUAUCUCUUCGGGAUCGUGUGUUUAUUUUGGAUGUCAUUGCCAUAGCGAACGAAGUGCCUAGGAAUACAAUUCUCUCGUUUGGCAACGCUGUAUUUGCGAAUGCCAAUGUUCUGAAGUUAGGAUAUGGAGUUGAGUCCGAUUUUAAGGCACUAAUAGCGACUUUACCCAUCCUCGAGAAGUCGAUUAAAAAGAUGAAGAGUUUCGUAGAUUUGUGUACUUUUAGUCGAAAGUUGUUCCAGAUCCCAGCGGUAAGGAGACGAGUGGACGAAACAACAAAGUCCCUAACUUUUUUUGGACAUUUGAGUGAGAAGGGUUUAAGUCUGUUGGUGCAGCAGUGCCUAGGGUCGCCUUUGGACAAAACGUAUCAGCUCUCAGACUGGGAACAACGACCUUUGUUACCGAAACAAGUCGAAUAUGCUGCUCUAGAUGCACGUUGUCUUAUUGAUGUGUACGAUGUACUUACGACAUGGAUGCAAGAGGAAAAUGUCACCGUGGAUUUAGAAGAAUGUACUCCGAACUUACCGUGGUUGUUUCCAAAGCGAAACAGGAGGAAGCAAGGAAAAGUUUUAAAACAACCAAAACCUGGAACAUCGUUAGUUGACUUGGAUAGACUGAACAAACCAGUGGCACACGGCUCGCCUAAUUCUCCUCGUAAUUUUCGCGUUGUUGUCGACAACAUGUUGCAAGGUUUGGGGAGAUAUUUACGGUGUUGUGGCGUCGAUGUUGUCAUGUUGGCAAAUGAUGACACUCACGAUAAAGCUGCUAAGAUCGCAAGACGAGACGAUCGAGUAUUAUUGACUACUGGAACACCAUAUUAUACGCUUCGCUCGCAAGUUCCCCUUGGUCAAUGCAUGUGUGUGCCAGUCGGCUCUGCUAAAGAACAAAUCUUGGCUGUCUUCAAACAUUUCAAUAUCCAAGUGAACACGAGUGAUAUUUUUAGUAGAUGUCAGGCAUGUAACGGGAAUGAAUAUAUUAAAGUCGGAUCAGUAUUGAUGCGCGAGGCUUACAUUAAGUACUAUGAAAGGAAAAACGAAGCUCUUGGCCAGGCACGUGAGCCAAACAUGGCACGUCAACAAUGCAAAACAUAUAGUGGGAACGAACAUAUGAGAGUCGGAUCACUAUCGAUGCCUGAGGCUUACAUCAAGUACAAUGCAAGCGAGAACGAAGUUCCUGACCUGGCACGUGAACAAAACAUGGCACGUCAACAAUACAAAAUUUCUAAUCGGAAUGAACAUACAGUAUCGAUGCCUGAGGCUUACAUCAAGUACGGUGAAAGGAAAAACGAAGCUCUUGGCCAAGCACGUGAACAAAACAUGGCACAUCAACAACGCAAAAUUUCUAAUCGGAAUGAACAUACAGUAUCGAUGCCUAAGGCUUACAUCAAGUACGAUGCAAGAGAGAACGAAGCUCUUGGCCAGGCACAUGAACAAAACAUGGCACAUCAACAACACAAACAGGAAAGCAUGUUGAUUAAUGAAUGGAACUGGUCAUCACACACACACCUUGGACAUUGCUGUGAACUGAAAUCCUAGUUGUUGCCGAACGAAGCCUGACGACACGUUGUCUGGAGAGGUUGUACCAACGAAAAUUAUUAAAUUUGUGAACUUUAAUUCACGUUAAUUCAGAUAUUUAUCGCCAGAUAAAAACCAAAGACAGAAGUUUUGGAAUAAGAAGAGAUAUUAUUAGCACUAUCACCUUUUUACACUUACAGCAUUGUCCAGUAAGUCUUCCUGUUUUGAAAUAUUAAUAAUUUCUUUAAGAACUUUGAUUUCACAAGUUAUCAUAUUUCGCCCAGUUUAAAAAAGUAUUGAUCGUCGGAUCAAUUUUAUCGGAUUCAAUAAUUAUUAAUACACUUUUAGCGAUUCGUACGUAAAUAUUUAAUAUUGAUUAUACAAAGAUAAUUGC